UCAAGUGUACAGUACCUGAUAUCACAGAUGGGCUGAAAACUGCAGCACAGAUAUCUUUCCAGCAAACAGUCACAUACUCAUGCAAAGUUAACCAUGUGCUUUUUGGAGAUGCCCAACCGACCUGCCAGGCUGAUCGCUCAUUGACAACACCCACCUGCAAAGAUUGCAACAGACAAGCAAGUGAUCAUAUUUCGAAAAUAAUCGCCAAUGGUAUGGUUAAGUGCAACAAUGGAUAUGAGUAUCUGGCUAAUCAACCAGUGUGCAACGGCAGUAACCAGGUUUCAACAUGCACACCUGUCAAAUGUGCCGUACCUAAUAUUACAGAUGGGCAGCAAACUGCAUCACACAUAUCGUUCCAGCAAACAGUAACAUACUCAUGCAAUGCUCAUCAUGAGCUAGUUGGAGAUGCCCAACCGACAUGCCAGGCUGAUCGUUCAUUGACAUCAACACCCACCUGCAAAGCUUUCGACUGCCUUGUUCCUGUGAUACCGGAUGGCCGGCCAAGUUCCUCAGGAUUGAACGCUAAUGAAUCUGCCGUAUAUUCAUGCAACAACGGGUACUUCCUGUUGGGCAAUCCCUCGAUUACUUGUAAUGGCAUCGGCCGUUUGAGUACCAGUGAAACGCCGUCAUGCUAUCCUUCACCGCCGACCGAAUACCGUUAUUGUCAGCGAACUAGUAGUAUAAUUGUGUCAUCAUACAAUCGGCUGAACUACAGUUUUGCAAGCCAGCUCUGCAGACUGUAUACGGGAAUGAUUAUUUCCACACAGUCGGUUUCUGAUGGGUGCGCCCAUCGCGGAAUGGAGCUCCCCCUUUAUGCCUGGAUGGGCUUGCCGGCCAACAAUCAGGCCAUGUCGAUAAACGCUUACAAAUAUGAUUUAGAUGUGAAGCUGUCUGCUACAUGCGAAAUACCUUGCCUCCCAAAGCGAUAUGAUCAAAUGCAAUCUACCGCGAUGCCUAGCAAUAUCAGUUGCCGAUAUGAUGAGCUGAGCAACAGCAGAGCUUGCCAGGUGGCCAAAGGUCGAACAAGCAUCAGCAUUCUAGGCCUCGUAACCAACUACACAGUAAGCCUAGAGAUAUGCCGGUUCUAUAAUGGAUCCAUUCUCUCUGAGUCCUCCUUCCAAGCUGGGUGUGCUUCGGGCUUGACAAGUCAAGAUUUAAUUGCCUGGGUAGGCUCACCAGAUGAAAAAGGCAUGUUGUCAGAUACUGCUGGUAACAAGGUUCAACAAGCUGUAGAUCGCUACGUCGUAUGCGACAUACCUGUUCACUGCUCCGUCCCUACCAUUGCGAAUGGCUUUGUCAACGGGUCUGAGAUUCAAUGGACAGAUCGUGCUACAUAUUCCUGCAAGCAAGGUUAUGGUAUAGUGGGAGAUGCCACUCCAAUGUGCACGGAGCAUGGAACUCUAUCCUCAGUCCCCUAUUGUAGGGCUUUCGACUGCCUUGUUCCUGUGAUACCGGAUGGCCGGCCAGGUUUCUCAGGAUUGUUCGCUAAUGAAUCUGGCGUAUACUCAUGCAACACCGGGUACUUCCUGUUGGGCAAUCCCUCGAUUACUUGUAAUGGCUUCGGUCGUUUGAGUACCAGUGAAACGCCGUCAUGCUAUCCUUCACCGCCGACCAAAUACCGUUAUUGUCAGCAAACUAAUAGUAUAAUUGUGUCAUCAUACAAUCUGCUGAACUACAGUUUUGCAAGCCAGCUCUGCAGACUGUAUACGGGAAUGAUUAUUUCCACACAGUCGGUUUCUGAUGGGUGCGCCUAUCGCCAAUUGGAGGGUCCCCUCUAUGCCUGGAUGGGCUUGCCGGCCAACAAUCAAGCCAUGUCGAUUAACGCUAGCAAAUAUGAUUUAGGGGUGAAGCUGUACGCUACAUGCGAAAUACCUUGCCUCCCAAAGCGAUAUGAUCAAAUGCAAUCUACCGCGAUGCCUAGCAAUAUCAGUUGCCGAUAUGAUGAGCUGAGCAAAAGCAGAGCUUGCGCGGCGGCCAAAGGUCGAACAAGCAUCAGCAUUCUAGGCCUCAUAACUAACUAUGCAGUAAGCCUAGAGAUAUGCCGGUUCUAUAAUGGAUCCAUUCUCUCUGAGUUCUCGUUCCAAGCUGGGUGUGCUUCGGGCUUGACAAGUAAAGCUCUAAUUGCCUGGGUUGGCUCACCGGAUGAAAAAGGCAUGUUGUCAGAUACAGCUGGUAACAAGGUUCACCAAGCUUCAGAUCGCUAUGUCGUAUGCGACAUACCUGUUAACUGCUCCGUCCCUACCAUUGCGAAUGGCUUUGUCAACAGGUCUGAGAUUCAAUGGACAGAUCGUGCUACAUAUUCCUGCAAGCAAGGUUAUGGUAUAGUGGGAGAUGCCACUCCAAUGUGCACGGAGCAUGGAACUCUAUCCUCAGUCCCCUAUUGUAGGGCUUUCGACUGCCUUGUUCCUGUGAUACCGGAUGGCCGGCCAAGUUCCUCGGGAUUAUUCGCUAAUGAAUAUGCCGUAUACUCGUGCAAUACCGGGUACUUCCUUUUGGGCAAUCCCUCGAUUACUUGUAAUGGCUCCGGUCGUUUGAGUACCAGUGAAAAGCCGUCUUGCUAUCCUUCACCGCCGACCGAAUACCGUUAUUGUCAGCAAACUAAUAGUAUAAUUGUGUCAUCAUACAAUCUGCUGAACUACAGUUUUGCAAGCCAGCUCUGCAGACUGUAUACGGGAAUGAUUAUUUCCACACAGUCGGUUUCUGAUGGGUGCGCCGAUCGCGGAAUGGAGCUCCCCCUUUAUGCCUGGAUGGGCUUGCCGGCCAACAAUAAGGCCAUGUCGAUAAACGCUCACAAAUAUAAUUUAAAUGUGAAGCUGUUUGCUACAUGCGAAAUACCUUGCCUCCCAAAGCGAUAUGAUCAAAUGCAAUCUACCGCGAUGCCUAGCAAUAUCAGUUGCCGAUAUGAUGAGCUGAGCAACAGCAGAGCUUGCCAGGUGGCCAAAGGUCGAACAAGCAUCAGCAUUCUAGGCCUCGUAACCAACUACACAGUAAGCCUAGAGAUAUGCCGGUUCUAUAAUGGAUCCAUUCUCUCUGAGUCCUCCUUCCAAGCUGGGUGUGCUUCGGGCUUGACAAGUCAAGAUUUAAUUGCCUGGGUAGGCUCACCAGAUGAAAAAGGCAUGUUGUCAGAUACUGCUGGUAACAAGGUUCAACAAGCUGUAGAUCGCUACAUCGUAUGCGACAUACAAACGGCUGCCACUAGCCAACAUUUCUCCCGGUUUAUUGGACCCACUCUGAUUGAUAACACAUAG